GAGCCACCCAGGUGCCUCUAAAAUAAUCCAUGCUUAACUGUGAGUCAUAAUGUCACAGCUUCCAGUUUGUUAAAUUUGUGCUCAAUAAUCUAAAGGGGGGCAGAGGGAGUAUAUUUCUACAUGAUUAUGUCUUUUGAAUUUCAGAUGAGGUUCUAUAUGUGUCUUCUAACAUCGAGAAGCCUGCCAUCGAUGAGCCUCCAAUAGUUAUUUCUGAUGAUGAUAGUGAUUUCGAGGGCCCCGUGAUGAUCAUAGAUGGCAAUUUGUGUGGUCAGGGCCAAAGCUCCUCAAAUGAAAAAGAGAUGGAGGCCUUUGAUGUCUGCCAGCACAAUUCAUCUGCUGGUGUUGCUGAGCUGGGCGGUGGUGAAAAUCUCUGCCCACCGCCAGGUGUUGCUGAGACUGAGGUGGAGAUUCCAAAUGAAGAGCCAGCACCUGUGGUGGAGCAACCAAGGAAAAGGAAGAGCAAAACCAAAAAUAUAUGUGUGGUGCCCGCUGUUACAGCACCAAAAACACGUGGGCCUUCAAAGAGGUUUGCUUCUAAGAGGAAGCCCCAUGCAGCAAAAUGUGACAAAAGCCACACUGGGCAUUCCGUUUGUGAAAUACCUGGAUGUUUCUUGCAUGACGUGGAAAAGGCAAAGCAGUAUUCUGGAAGGAAGUUCAAGAAAAAUAAGGACAGCCUGGUUCAGGAAAUGUACAGUCUGUUUAACAGAUCUGUCUUUGACAAAAAGCUGCCAGAGAAAAUCGAUAUCGGCUGGAAUAAGAAGAUGCUGAGAACUGCUGGCUUGUGCACCACUGGCGAGACACGGUACCCGAAGAAGGAGCGUUACGCGAAGAUCCAGAUUUCUCUGAAAGUCUGCGACUCCGCAGACCGCCUUCGGGAUACUUUGAUCCAUGAAAUCUGCCACGCGGCCUCCUGGCUGAUUGAUGGUGUUCGUGAUUCUCAUGGCGACUCUUGGAAGUUUUAUGCCAAAAAAUCGAACCUGGUGCACCCAGAGCUGCCCCUGGUCACCCGUUGCCAUAACUACAAGAUUAACUACAAGAUUCAUUAUGAAUGCACUCAGUGCAAAGCCAGAGUCGGCCGCUACACCAAAUCAUUGAACACCGACCGCUUUAUCUGUGCCAAGUGCAAGGGGACUCUGGUCAUGCUGCCGCUAACUCGUAAGGAUGGGACCCCCAUUGCGCCCCAUGUGAGACCAUUUGCCAAGUAUGUGCAGGAGAAUUAUAGAUUGGUUAAACAGUCAGCGGAAGGGCUAAGCCAUGGCGAUGUGAUGAGACAGCUCAGCAAGGAUUAUGCCCUUAAGCACAAGCGAAAUCCUUAAGGUUAUCUGAGACUAUACUUGUGCGAGCUGAGUCCUCCACUGCUAAGAAGUUUUAGAAAACAUUUGUUUCCUGCAAUGAAUACUAGGAUUUAAGUGCGUUUUUAUAGCUUCAUACUGUAGUGAUGAUUGUUCUUAACUAAGGAUUCUGUUGGUAACCAUUCUGUGCCUUUGACAGUACUCAGAAGCCCUUUGGGUCCACCUUGGGUGUUACUUAGACUCCAUAGUUUUAAGACAUAGAACAAAAUACAGUAAGAGAAGCACAUAGUUUUAAGAUUAAGACAUAGAACAAGAUACAAUAAGAGAAACCCAUAGUGUUAAGACGUAGAAUAAGAUAUAGUAAGAAAAACCCAUAGUGUUAAGACCAUAGUUUUAAGAUUAAGAUGUAGAGGGGUGCCUGGGUGACUCAGUCAGUUGAGCAUCCGACUUCG